AUGACGAAUGAAACGCAGAAUGGUGUGAACGCCGGUGGCCUGGAGAAGGACUUCUCGAACAUGAGUGUCCAGGGCGGCAAUGCGAGCGCUGCUCCCAAGAAGCGCUACGUGCCGCCGCACAUGCGCAACCAGCCCGCCGGCGUCACUCCUCCCCCGAGUGGCGGUCGCGGCGGCGCAUCGUCGCUGCCGCCUGCCUUUAGCAGCGGCCGCGGCCGUUUCUCCGACGCGCCGCCUACUGCCGGUGGCGGUGGCGGUGGCGGUGGCCGCUGGAGCAGCAUGAGCGCCGGUGGCGGCUCGCGCCGCAACGACGGCUUCGGCUCCUGGAAGGAUGGCAAGCACAUGAUCGGCCCGAAGAACGACCGUAUGGAGCUUGACCUCUUUGGCGAGGUCAACGACGGCACGACGCAGGGCACCGGUAUCAACUUUGACAAGUACGGUGACAUUCCUGUCGAGGCGACCGGCAAUGACGUGCCGGAGCCGAUCACCGAGUUCACCCACCCCCCGGUGGAUGAGCACCUGAUCUCGAACAUCAGGCUUGCGCGCUACACCACGCCGACCCCUGUGCAGAAGUACUCGAUCCCGAUUGUCGGCGCUGGCCGCGACCUGAUGGGCUGUGCUCAGACCGGUUCGGGCAAGACGGGUGGUUUCCUCUUCCCGAUUCUCUCGGCGCUCUUCACGCAUGGCCCCCCUCCCCUGACGGCGCCGCCGACGCCGUCGUACGGCCGUGCCAAGGCAUACCCCUCGACGCUGAUCCUGGCCCCCACGCGUGAGCUGGUGUCGCAGAUCCACGACGAGGCGCGCAAGUUUACAUACCGCUCCUGGGUCCGCCCCGCCGUCGUGUACGGUGGUGCGGAGAUGGGCGCGCAGCUGCGUCAGAUUGAGCGCGGCUGUGACCUACUCUCAGCGACGCCGGGUCGUCUGGUCGACCUGAUCGAGCGCGGCCGCAUCUCGCUUGCGAACGUACGCUUCCUUGUGCUCGACGAGGCCGACCGCAUGCUCGACAUGGGUUUCGAGCCCCAGAUCCGCCGUAUCGUGCUCGGCGAGGACAUGCCCGGCGUCAUGGACCGCCAGACGCUCAUGUUCUCGGCCACCUUCCCCCAGAAUAUCCAGAUGCUUGCGCGUGACUUCUUGAAGGAGUACGUCUUCCUCUCGGUCGGCCGUGUGGGCUCCACCUCGGAGAACAUCACGCAAAAGAUUGAGUUUGUCGAGGACCGCGACAAGCAGUCGGUGCUCUUGGACGUGCUGGCCGCGAUGCCCAAGGGCGGUCUCACCCUCAUCUUUGUGGAGACCAAGCGCAUGGCCGACAUGCUGUCCGACUUCCUUAUCUACUCGAACAUUCCUGCCACUUCGAUCCACGGUGACCGUACGCAGCGCGAGCGUGAGUACGCUCUCGAGCUCUUCCGUACCGGCAAGACCACGAUCCUGGUCGCGACCGCCGUGGCGGCGCGUGGUCUGGAUAUCCCCAACGUCACGCAUGUUGUGAACUACGACCUGCCCAGCGACAUUGACGACUACGUGCACCGUAUCGGUCGUACGGGUCGUGCGGGCAACACGGGUCACGCCACGGCCUUCUUCAACCGCAACAACCGCAACAUUGUGCGCGACCUGAUCAAACUGCUCCAGGAGGCCAAGCAGGAGAUCCCGUCGUGGCUCGAGAUGAUUGCGUCCGAGAGCGCCUUUGGCGGCGGCAUGCGCGGCCGCGGCGGCUCGCGCGGCGGCUCGCGCAUGGGCGGCGGUGGCCGCUUGGGCGGCCCCACCCGCGACGUGCGCACGUCGGGCGCGAUGGGCGGCGGUGCGUUCGGCCCCCGCUCGGGCGGCUACGGCGGCGGCUACGGCGGCACCCCCAGCGGUUUCUACAAUGGCCCCCCUGCGCCCGAGGGCGGCAGCGGCGGCUCGUCGUGGUGGUAA